CAGACACCUAGCUUCAUGGCGUCUGAUAUAUCGCAGAUACAACUCAAGUGGAUCAAUCGUGUUCAAAUUAAUAAUAAUACCGUUGUGAAGAUACCAGGAACCAAAAUGACGAGGUACGCAACAGAACCCGAGAAUCCAACCAAAUCUGCCAAAGCAAGGGGUUCUUACCUGCGUGUCCACUUCAAGAACACACGGGAGACAGCAGGUGCUAUUAAGCACAUGCAUGUGAAAAGAGCCACCAGAUACCUAAAGAAUGUCAUUGCCCAUAAGGAAGUAGUUCCAUUUGUGCAUUUCAAUGGUGCUGUUGGCAGGAAGUCACAGGCCAAAGCCUGGGGAGUCACACAGGGUCGAUGGCCGAAAAAGAGUGCAGAGUUCCUUCUUCAGCUCUUGAAAAAUGCAGAGAGUAAUGCAGAGUUUAAGGGUCUUGACACAGAUCAUCUCAUCAUUGAACACAUUAUGGUGAACGCAGCUCCUAAAAUGAGACGAAGAACGUACAGAGCUCACGGAAGAAUUAACCCUUACAUGAGCAGCCCAUGCCACGUUGAAAUUAUUUUGGCCGAGCGUGAGCAAGCUGUGCCCAAGCCAGUGGGUGGGGAGGAUGAGCCCGUCAAGAAAAAGGUCUCACAGAAGAAGCUGAAGAGGCAGAAGAUGAUGAUGAGGGAAUAGACUUUACUUAAUGCUUCACUCAGUCAUGUGGAUUGUACAGAGCGGCAGAAUAAAGAGAAAAAACAG